CUUUUUAUAGUCUUCUUCUUCAGUCGAUCAAAAUCCUAGUCUCCCAGUUUUCAUCAUAAACAUAAAGAAUUGCAGAAACCCUAAACAGACAGAGAUGGAACCUGAAAAUUCUCCGAAGCUGAAAUCCGUUGUCAUAAUCACACUGCCUCCAUUGGACAAUCCUUCUUUAGGUAAAACCAUAACUGCCAUCACUGUAUCUGCUAUAUCUCCAAUUCCAACAACCCUCCCUUCAGAAACAAUCCAUCAAAAUUCAGGCCUUCAGCCGCCUCAAAUUCCAUCGCCAGCAAGUAUUCGACGUCAAUUAUCAAUCCGAAAAUCCUUGUUUGGCAUUCCGAGAAUUACAUUGGGCUUCCUUAGCGCUUUUCUCGCUGCUAUGAUCGUUUGGGCAUCGUAUUCAACUCAUAGUCUUGGCGAGUUGAGAAAUUCUAAUGAAGAACGAAAUCAGCAGCCUGAUACCUUCGUUUUCCCUCUCUUUCUCAAAGAGAAUUUUCAGAAUAAGGUUAAAUCAGUGAAGAUUGUGGGAAAGCAUUCUGUAAAGUUUCAGCAGCCUCAGCUUGAUGUUGAGAUGACUUCUUCUAUAGCAUCAAAGAUUGAUUCAACAGCUAUUUUACCUAUUCGGGGUAAUAUCUAUCCAGAUGGGUUGUAUUACACAUAUAUGAUGAUUGGGAAUCCUGCAAAGCCAUAUUUUCUUGAUAUAGACAGUGCAAGUGAUUUAUCAUGGAUUCAGUGUGACGCGCCAUGCACUAGUUGUGCAAAGGGAGCACACCCUUUAUACAAACCUUCCAAAGGGACAAUAAUACAUUCGAAGGAUUCAUUUUGUGCUAAUGUUCAAAAGGAUCAACAAAAUUGUGAAACCUGUCAUCAAUGUGAUUACGAGGUAGAAUAUGCAGAUCAAAGCUCGUCGGUAGGUGUACUUGCACGAGAUGAGCUCCAACUAACAGUUCUGAAUGGAUCCAUUGUCAAAUCCAAUGUUGUUUUCGGAUGUGCAUAUGAUCAACAAGGCUCAAUUCUAAAGACACUGUCAUUGACGGAUGGAAUCAUUGGGAUUAGUAGAGCUAAAGUGAGUUUACCUUACCAAUUGGCAGAACAAGGAAUCAUAAGAAAUGUUGUUGGUCAUUGUCUUAGUGCUGAUGCUGGGGGUGGUGGAUAUAUGUUCUUUGGAGAUGAACUUGUCUCUUACUCGCAAAUGACAUGGAUCCCCAUGCUCGAUAGUACUACUUCACAGAACUUUUAUAAAGCCAAGAUUUCUAAAUUGAGUUACGGAAAUAAACAGCUCCUCAUAGAUGUUAAUUAUGGCGUGCAAGGAGGGGUGGUUUUUGAUAGUGGUAGCUCUUAUUCAUAUUUCCCUAAACAGGCAUAUGCCCAUCUAGUGACUUAUCUUAAAGAAACUUCUUUCAAAGGUCUCGUUGAAGACACGACUGAUCCCUUAUUACCUAUUUGUUGGCGAGCUAAAUCGCCAAUCAGAUCCAUAGAGGAUGUGAAACAGUUCUUUAAGACUUUGACACUCAACACUGGGAACAAAUGGUGGUUGAUGUCAACAAAAUUUUAUGUACCACCAGAAGGCUACUUGAUCAUUAGUAACAGAGGUAAUGUGUGUUUGGGUAUUCUGGAAGGAGGUGAUGUACAUGAUGGCUCUACUAUUAUACUAGGAGACAUCUCACUGAGAGGACAAGUGGUUGUAUAUGACAAUAUGAACCACAAAAUUGGGUGGGCAAAAUCAGAUUGUUCAAACCCAGAGAGAUUGAUGUCUCUUCCUUUCAUCAGAAGCAUGGAUCUUCAGAGUUAAAGAAAAAAAAUUGACUGCUAUAUAGACAAGUCUACCUGAUUUUAACAACUUGUACAUAUUCAAGUAUGUGAGAUAGGAAAUAAAGGCUUAUGUUUGACUUGUACUAAAACUUGUGUAAGGGAAAUAUUGCAAAAGAGAACUUAAUAAUGAGUUAAUAAGAGUUGUAAAAUGUUAUAUGGAAUGUUCAGUGUUAUUAUGUUUUAUGUAGAUUAUUUUUU